CGUAUGGAGAAUCAAAAGCUGUAUCUACCUCACAACUUGAUCAUCGAAAUCUUACUGAGGUUGUCAGUGAAGUCUCUUAUAAGUUUUACAUGCGUUUGUAAGUCAUGGUUAACUCUUAUAUCUAAUCCCGACUUUGCAAAUUCACAUUUUCAACUUACGGCCACAGCACAAACUCGUCGAAUUCUGUUCAUAUCACAUUCAUCAAUUCCAAUUCAAUCUAGAGAUUUUGAAUCAUCGUUUAAAAAUGAUCCUGAUUCACUCAACCUCAAUUUUACGCCUCCCGAAUUUUGUUUUCGUCUUCAAAUUAAAGGUUCAGGUAGAGGGUUUGUAUUUUUGCACCGUUCUUUAAACAUCUACAUAUGGAAUCCAUCCACUGGAUUUCACAAACAAAUACCCUUGUCUCCUUUUAACUCCAAUUUGGAAGAAUAUUAUUUCGGUUCUCUAUAUGGUUUUGGUUAUGACCAGUCUAGAGAUGAUUACUUGGUUGUUUCAAUAUCUUGUGAUAAAACAAGGUCAUCACAUUUGGAGUUUUUCUCGUUGAAAGAUAAUUCAUGGAGAGAAAUUGAGGGUACUCACACCGCAUAUAGGAAUGGCUUUUAUAAUGCCAAAGUAGGGUCACUCUUAAAUGGGGCCAUUCAUUGGUUAACUUAUCGUCGUGAUUCACCACUGCAUCUUAUUGUUGCCUUUAAUUUAAUGGAAAGGAAACUGUUAGAGAUACCCGUUCCAGUUCCAGAUGAUUUUCACGAUGAUCCUCCAUAUUUUGGUUUGUGGGUAUUUGGAGAAUUUCUUAGUCUAUGGGCCAUGGGCAGUUAUAAUCAUACACUUAAAUUACGGGUGAUGAAAGAAUACAAACUGCAUUCGUCUUGGACUAAGACUCUUGUUGUUCGGAUUGAUGAUGCCAUUCCCAAUUUUUACCCUCUAUGUUCUACAAAAAGUGGUGAUAUUAUUGGAUCAGACGGUGGUCUUGGAUUGGUGAAGUAUAAUGAUAAAGGACAACUCUUAGAGUAUUCCUCCUACCAUAACUAUCCACUUAGGUCCCAAGCGAUCAUGUAUACGGAGUCUCUGCUUUCAUUCCCUGUUGACGGAGAGCAAGUUUAAGAAGAUGAUACAAACAAGAAGAAUGAGGAGCUGUUAUUGACAUUGGUGAAGAAGCUAGGUGGGAUAAUUGCAUACGACAACACAUUAUGGUCUGGUUUCGUGUGGCCAUGUCCGAGGAUGAUGAAAUGGAAAACAUUUUAAGGGGAAACAGAAAUAUUGCAACCUAAUUUAACAACUAUACAACAAAUGAUGCUCGCGUAGAAUCCACAAUCCUUUCUAUAUGGGACGGUGUAACUCUGCCAACUUCUCUAAUAUCCACCAAGGGAACAAAGAAAUAACAGCAGCAAUGUUAGUUAAUGGUCUUUUUCUAGUGAACAAUGUUAAAGGUUGUUGAAAUAUAAGUUGAUUUAGUUCUACAAUAAGUUAAUUUAUUGGAUAUAAACUGAUCAUAUAAAUAGUGAUCCUCAAAUGUUCAAUUGUUAUACUUUGCCGGAAGUAUUGUUGAGAGUUGAUGAUUUAACAGGA